CUGCAAUGGUGAAUGCCGGUUUGAUUUCUGCUUCUCUCUCCGAUCAAAAUUCCAUGGUGAAACCAUUUAAGUUUCAGUAGGAAGAUCCUCGUGGCCUGCAAGGGGUUUUUUCAUUGUUGCCACUGGUUUAUGAUCAUCUGCUUUUUGUGACCACAUAUGGCAACUUUUCUCCCAUUAGUUAUGGCUUAUUCUUGCUCUCUGAAUUGUGGACGAACUAAAUCAUCUAUGCUGAAACAUGACAAUAGUGUGCUAUACAGAAACAAAAUUAUGAAUAGCUUUGAAAAAAUGGACUUGGAGAGAAAGCUACUUUGUGGGAAUUUUGAGAAGAUGCCGAGGAAUCUUAGUGUGGAAGUGAAUGCUACUUCCAGAGUGUCUAUUGAGCCGGUUCAGAAGAGACUCUCAAGAAAUACUAAAGUUGAAGAAGCGGAGAAGGUAUCUACUUAUCUGUUUAGGACAGAAGUUGGUGGUCUGGUGAAUGUUUUUGUCAGAAAGAAGAAGGUUAACUGCACUGUUUAUGUUGAAGUUUCGUCCUUAGAAUUGCCAAGAAGUGAUGGUACACUGGGUCUAAGUUGGGGCAUAUAUAGAUCUGAUUCAUCCAGUUUCUUGCCUUCACACUUUGAGACCUCGACCCCUGUUGAAACUCCAUUCACAAAGAAUUCUUUUGGAAGGUACACCGUGGAAUUUGAGUUUGAGGCAAAAGAGAUCCCCUGCUAUCUCUCUUUUCUUUUGAAAUCUCCUCGCGAUAAUGAUUCAAGUGGCUUAGACAUAAGAAGUCAUAGGAAGACAAAUUUUUGUGUCCCCCUUGGUUUCAGUUCAGGUCACCCUACUCCAUUAGGUCUUUCAUUUUCACGGGAUGGUUCUUUGAACUUUUCCAUUUUUUCAAGAAGUGCAGAAAGUGUGGUUUUAUGCUUGUAUGACGACACCACAGCUGAUAAUCCUGCUUUGGAGCUUGAUCUAGAUCCUUAUGUCAAUCGAACUGGUGAUAUCUGGCAUGCUUCCUUUGAAAGUUCUUCUACUUUUGUGAGUUAUGGCUAUCGAUUAAAGGGGUCUCGUUUAAAGGGAAAGAAAGAUGAAGAUGCACGUAUAGUUCUUGAUCCAUAUGCUAAGAUCAUUGGGAAAUCUACUUCUAGUGAUCACGGAAUUGGGCCGAAGUAUCUUGGGCGCAUAUCCAAGGAACCUGGUUUUGACUGGAGUGGCGAUAUUCGUCCAAACUUACCAAUCGAGAAACUAACGGUGUAUCGUUUAAAUGUGAUGCACUUUACUGAGCACAAGUCCAGUCAGUUAUCCCCUGACAUAGCAGGUACCUUUUCUGGUUUGAUUGAGAAGUUGGAACAUUUUACAGAUCUUGGUGUAAAUGCAGUUUUAUUAGAGCCUAUUUUCCCAUUUGAUGAGCAAAAAGGGCCAUGCUUUCCUUGUCAUUUUUUUUCACCAACUAGUCUUUACGGACCUUCUGGUGGUGCUGUAUCUGCUAUAAACACAAUGAAGGAGAUGGUCAAGAAAUUGCAUGCCAGUGGUAUAGAGGUUCUACUGGAAGUUGUUUUCACCCAUUCCGCUGAAAGUGGAGCCCUUCAAGGGAUUGAUGAUUCAUCCUAUUACUUGAAGGGGGUUGCAGAUUUGGAAGCAAGAAACGUGUUGAAUUGUAACUACCCCAUUGUGCAACAAUUUAUUUUGGACAGCCUUAGGUACUGGGUGACUGAGUUUCACGUUGAUGGUUUUUGUUUCAUAAAUGCAUCCUUGCUGUUGCAGGGGUCACGCGGCGAGUACUUGUCUCAUCCUCCGUUGGUCGAGGCGAUUGCUUUUGAUCCUUUGCUCUCAAAGACCAAGAUCAUAGCAGACUGCUGGGACCCCCAUAACACGGUUCUGGAAGAAACCCGUUUUCCUCAUUGGAAGACAUGGGCAGAAAUGAACAUGAAAUUCUGCAAUGAUGUUAGGAACUUUCUGCGCGGUGAGGGACUUCUCAGCAGCCUUGCUACACGACUCUGUGGGAGUGGAGACAUAUUUUCAAAAGGGCGAGGCCCGGCAUUCUCUUUUAAUUUUAUUAGCAGAAACUCAGGACUUCCUCUUGUCGACCUUGUCAGCUUCAGCAGUGACAAGUUGGCUUCCGAACUAAGUUGGAAUUGUGGGGAAGAAGGUCCUACAAAUAAGACCCUCGUCCUUGAAAGACGGCUUAAACAAACACGCAACUUCCUUUUUGUCUUGUAUGUUUCACUGGGUGUUCCUGUUCUGAAUAUGGGAGAUGAGUGUGGACAGUCUACUGGUGGUUCUCCUGCAUAUAGUGAUAGAAAAUCAUUUGAUUGGAAUGCACUAAAAUCAAGUUUUGGCAUCCAAACCACAGAGUUUAUCUCAUUUUUAAGUUCACUGAGGAGAAGGCGGAGCGACCUGCUUCAGAAUAUGAACUACUUAAAAGAAGAAAACAUCGACUGGCAUGGAAGUGACCAGUCUCCACCAAGAUGGGAAGAUCCAACCUGCAAAUUCCUUGCCAUGAGAUUAAGGGUCGACGAAGAUAAAGACAAAGCGGAGAACCAAACAACAUCUGGCAAGGGUGAUUUGUUUAUAGCUUUCAAUGCAGCUGACCUUUCAGAGAGUGUUAUUCUACCCCCAAUUGCAGAAGGAAUGGCAUGGCACAGAUUGGUCGAUACGGCUCUUCCAUUCCCGGGUUUUUUCUUGACUGAUGGUGAGCCUGUUCCUGAGAAUGUGGAUGGGUUACUUGCUUAUGAAAUGAAGUCCCUCAGUAGCACUCUUUUUGAAGCCAGAAGCAAGUAGUGGAAGUGAACUCCAUUUACCUCUGGAAGUUGCUUUGGACCAUGGAUGCUGGACACUUUCCUUGAUUAUAGUACUUUUGGUAUAGAUAUCGUAGAGUAGUAUAUCGUUUAAACGGCAGUUUGUAAAUCCUUUGUAAAUUCAUCAGUUUUUUUCCCCUUUAUAAAAAAUAAGUUCAAAGAGAAAUGUUAUGUAGCCCGAUGAUGCUAAAUGCCAAU